AUGCAGAUCAUGCUUCCUCUCCUUGCCGGUGCUGGCCUUGCUAGCGCUGGCCUGCUCAAUGGACGUGCCACAAGCGUCAAGAGAGAUAGCUGGGGUGGAAGUGUGUCGCUCGGUCCGACGAAGUCCACCAUUGUCAAUGCCGUGACCACGAUCAUCCCCGGUGCGGCCCCUGCUACUCAGAAUGGAGAGCUCUUCUUGUGGCCCGGCAUGUCCAACGGUACCGGUGAUUUGAUUCAGACGACCCUGGAAAGCUGGUCUAGCAAUGCGUGGUGCGGUGCGACCACCGGCCAGUGGUGUGUUCGUGCCAGUGUAUUCGGAUCUUUCGGUCAGCUCGACGGUGAUGGAAGUCCCGUUAGCGGAACCGAUCAGGUGCGAAUUGAGUACAACCUUGAGAGCGAUGGAGAGACUUGGAAGCAGAUUGUGACCAAUGUUGAGACUGGAGAUUUGCUGUCUACCUACUCUAUCGCUGCCGGACCGUACAUGACUGGAUACGGAACCGGAACCGAGUGCAAUGAUGAUUGCACCGGUACUAUCGCUCCUCAGAAGUACCUCAACACCACCAUCACUCUCAAGUCUGCUGACACUACCUUCGGUGACACCAUUGCUACUGCCGCUGGAGCCACUUACACCGGACUGGCCUCAAGCCAGGGUGGCAAGGUCUGGACCAUCGAGGCCAUGAACAUCCCUGCUAUGUAG